AUGUGGUGGCUCUGGAGCACGGGACUGUCGAAAGCCAUCUACGACCACCACCUCAGCAGCAUCAUCCAGGUCACCCCUGCCAACUUCGAGAACCAGAUCAACAAGAUCCGCCAGACCACCCACUAUGUCAAUGUCGUGCAGUUCUACAAGCAGUCCGGUGUGGUGCUGACCAGAUGGGUCGCGGCCGUCGACUGCGAGGAGUACGAGGCUCUCUGCGCCAAGCAGAACAUCAAGGAGUACCCCUCCUUCGUGAUCUACCCGCCGAUGCCCAUGCCACCGAUCUUCGUCACAGAGGCGAACACCACCCUGCUGCAGAAGAAGGCCGCCCGGGAGCUGCACUCCAACGUGAUCGAAGUUCACAAGGACAACCAUCGCACUUUCCUGGCAGAAAAUCCCUCUGUGCCCAAGGUGCUCUAUUUCUCGGAUAAGAAGGGAGUGCCCACCCUGUACAAGGCGCUGUCGGUGGCCUUCGAGAACAAGCUGCUCUUCGCGAUCAUCAGGAACAGCGAGACCGAACUGGUUGACCAGUACCGGGUCAAGUCCUUCCCCACCUUGCUCCUGGUCAAGGCCAGCGAGAAAAAACCCAUUCCUUAUAAGGGCGCACUUAAUUACAAAGAAAUCUUCGCGUUCUUCAAUAUCUACUCGGAGGUGUUCGUGCCCGGAGGCGGCAGCUCUUUAGAUUCCUCGGCUACGAAGCCUUGGAUGACCUCGCCUUUUCCUGAGCUGACUGCGCAAUCCGCCAAGGAUUUGUGUCUGGACCAUCUCGGCUUCUGCGUGAUCCUGGUCUCGGGCCAGCAGCCGAUCGGCGAUGUCGCUAAGCAAUUUGAAGCCUUGAAGAGCAGCUACGACAAGAAAAACGACAAGCUCAAGAUGCCUUUUUCUUUCAUGUGGCUUGACCGGCAGAAGGAGCCCGCCUGGGCCGAGCUGUUUAGCUCCACUGACAAGGACAGUGUAGUCCUGCUCAACCCCGGCAAGCGCAAGCGCUACAUGGCCCACGAGGACGAAUUCACCGAAUCCGCGAUCUCAAAGAGCAUCGAGAAAGUACUGGCCGGGGACGGCUCUUUCAAAAGGCUCGGAGACAAGCUGCCCGAGUUCGUGCCCCGUGCGAAUGAAAAUAUCUGA